AUGUUCGACUUGUUGCACAUCGGUGGCGGUUCGGCGGGUUCUAUUAUCGCAGGAAGAUUAUCAGAUAAUUUAAACGAUGCAACGAUUUUGUUAAUCGAAGCCGGUGGACAUGGUUAUGAUAUUUUUAACAUUCCAUUUUUAGGACCGUUAAAACAAAUGUCUUCGAUCGAUUGGCAAUACACAACGAUUCCUCAAAAAAAUUCUUGUUUCGCAUUAGAAAACAAUGUAUCAAAAUGGCCAUCUGGUAAAAUAUUAGGAGGAUCAACUCAUUUAAAUUAUAUGAUUCAUUUGGAGGGUGAUGUGAACGAUUAUAAAUCAUGGAAGGAUCCACAUUCAAAUGAUUGGGAUGAGAACGACAUUAAUUAUUAUUUUACAAAAUCAAAAAAAUGUUUUUCAAAUCGACAAUGCAAGUUUAAAAUCGAUAAGGGAAGUGUCAAUGUCAGAAAUUCAAUACAUUCCACUAAAUUGUCAGAUGCCAUACUCGAUGCUGCCAAAGAAUUGGGAUAUAGUUUAAACGAUUUGAAUUCGAAAACAAGCACAGGAUUUAUGAAACCUUUUUUAAAUAUAAACGAAAUGGGAAUGAGAUGGACAAGCGAUCAAUAUUUAAAAGGAGUCAUGACGAAAAGGAAAAAUGUAAAGAUUUUAACUCAUGCGAUUGUUGAAAAAAUAUUAUUACUUAACAAUUAUGAAGCUUAUGGUGUUAGCGUUCGAACAAUCUGCGGUCAAUCACUGACCAUACAUGCUAAUCUGGAAAUAAUUGUGUCUGCUGGAACAAUAGGUUCUCCAAAAUUAUUAAUGCUCUCUGGUAUCGGUCCAAAAAAUUCAUUACAUGAAUCGAAUAUAUCAUCCAAAGUGGAUUUGCCCGUUGGUAAAAAUCUUAAAGAUCAUUUGACAACCGGUUUGGAUCUUGUUAUUCUCGACAAACAUUUAUUUUCUUACGUCGAUUUAAUGUUGCCAUCAUCCGCGUAUGAGUUUUUCGCACGUGGAAAAGGUCCUUUUACCAGCGGGUUGGUCGACGUCGUCGGAGUCGUACGUUCAUCUUUAAUGGGAAAAUUUGAUGGGAAAAAUACGAGUCCCGAUUUGGAAUUUAUGGUUAUGAUGGCUGGCGUGUCUUCAGAUCAAGGAGUUUUCAUGCGAAAAUCAAUGGGAAUUUCUCAGAAGGUUUGGGAAAAUUAUUUUAAAUUUUUCACGAACGAAUCGGUCGUAUCAAUAUUACCAGUUCUUCUUCAUCCGAAAAGCGUCGGAGAAAUGAAUUUAAAUCCAAACGAUCCUAAUGGAAUGCCGUUAAUAGAUCCAAAAUAUUUAUCACAUGAAAAUGACGUAUUCACGUUGGUCGAAGGGAUAAGAACGAUUCGUAAAAUUACAAAAACGAAAAGUCUUGCCGAUUUCGGCGUGAGAUUUAACGAUAAAAAAUUUCCCGGAUGUGAAAAUUGGAAAUUUGAUUCAGAUGAAUAUUGGCGUUGCUACGUCAAACAUUUAACCCUCACCGUUUAUCAUCCUGUGGGAACUUGUAAAAUGAGCGAAAUGGGAAUUGACGGCGUAGUUGAUUACAAUUUGAGAGUUCACAAAACGAAUAAAUUACGCGUUAUUGACGCAUCAAUAAUGCCAACAUUACCAAGUUCGAAUCCGAAUGCUGUCGUUAUUAUGAUUGCGGAAAAAGGUUCGGACAUGAUUAUAGAAAAUCAUAAUAAUCGAUUUUCUUCGUGUUCGAUUCGCGACAUGUUUAUCACUCCUAAGGUUUGUCAAAUAAGGAGAAUGAGUACUACUAUUUAA